AUGAACAAUCAUUUACUAUCUCAAUUAAUUAGAGACUCAGCAGAAUCAAGUAGUGAAAAUGAUUCUAAUAAUUCGAAUAAUAAUAUAGAAUCAUCUAGUGAAGAUGAACAAACUAUAAAUAUUAUUGUUCGACGAUAUUUAUAUAAUAGAUUAUCUACUUCUCAUAAAGAUACUAUACCUAAGUCUAAUUUUUGGUAUAGAAAUAUUCUUUUUAAAUAUGAUGAAAAAAGAUUUCGAACAGUAUUACGAAUGAAUAAGCUAACUUUUUGGAAAAUCAUAAAUAUGAUUAAGAAUAAUUUAGUUUUUAAUAGUCGUCAAAGGCCAAUUGAAUUACAACUUUCUGUUGUUUUAUUUUUGUUGGGUAGAAAAUCUACUAUCUGGGACAUUGCAACAAGAUUUGUUGUUCGUGGAUUUGAACAAAUAGAAGGAUUUCCUGAUAUAAUUGGUGUUAUUGAUGGAACUCAUGUUUAUUUAUUCGAAGCUCCUAAUAAACCAAACAAAGAUGUAUAUAUUAACAGAAAACGACGAUAUGCUAUUCAUGUACAAGGUGUUGUAGAUCAUUUAGGCCGAUUUAUUAAUUAUGAUAUUGGAUGGCCAGCAUCUGUACACGAUGCUAAAGUUUUUUCAAAUUCAUCAUUAUAUACUCAACAAAAUAAUUUAUUUCAAGAUGAUGACUAUAUUCUCGCUGAUUCUGCUUAUCCUAUUUCAAAAUGGUGUAUUCCAUCAUUUAAAUCACCCAUUCGACGACAAAUUCAAUUUAACAAAAAACAUAAUAGAACACGUGUUGUGGUGGAACAGGCAUUUGGUAGAUUAAAAAAUCGAUUUCAAUUUUUAAAAGAAAUAAGAACUAAUGAUACUAAACUUGCUACUAAAUUUAUAGAUAUAGCAUUAAUUCUUCACAAUAUAGUAGAAAAAAAUAAUGAUAUUUGGAUAUUACCUCCAAGAACACGAUCAGAAACAAGAGAUAUAAUAAGAUUUGUGACUAGUCAGAAUUGUAGAUGUCGAAUAGAAAAAAGGGAAGGCAUGAUAAAAAGACAAAAUUUAAUAGAUAUUGUUCUUUAA